ACAAUAAAAGUCAUUUAUAAAGUUGAUGCGAGGCCAAGAUUUACAUUUGGUUCUCACUACACCUGGACCAACAAAUCUACUGCCUAUAAAUUGAGUAGCAUACUUCACCUCCGCAGUAGAGUACCUUAAGUGUCUUCGAACUGCCAGCGACCCUGUCGUUCCACAGCAGCCCCAGCAGCUAGAGCCUUUGAACUCCCACAGACCCAGCCUUUGAACAGCAGUCCCUGCAGCUAAAGCCUUUGAACUUCCCACAGACCCAGCCGUUGUACAGCAGUCCCAGCAGCUAGAGCCUUUGAACUGCCCGAAAACCCAGCCGUUGAACAGCAGUCCCUGAUCGCUGCGUCAAGAUGUUCCGAUGUCUCGCUCUUCUUAUUGUCACCGCAGCGACAGUGCCGGCUCAAGCCUCGUCCGCUUGUCACGGAGCCCUGGAUUCUGGAUACACUCUCGUGAUGGCUGGAGCACAGAACGCAUGUGUGCAGGAAUACAAGGCUUACAGCCUUUCAUUUUUUAAAAUUGCGAAAUGCGUAAGCGUUGAUGCGUACGAUGCUGCCACUUGUGAUCCAAAACAAUAUGCUUCCUCCAAAUGCCUGCUGGCAGCUGCCAAACUGCUGAAGGCCGACAAUACUCUGGAUGACGUGGCUUUCAAAACAAUUGCCCUGAAGAAAAAAUGCAACUCUGAUAGCAAGUUCGCUGCAGCAUACCCAAAAUGCAAGAACUCUACUAUGAAAUAUUUGAACUUCAAUCGGUUUUUCGAUUGCCUCCGUGCUGCUGUACCCUAAUAAGUGAGGCUACUGGAGGAAAAAGACUUUGCCGGAACCAGGCUGAAUGAAAAACAAUAUUGAAUUAGAUUUAGCUGAGUUUUUUACUAUCUUGAGACUAAGACCAACUAAAGGAAAUUUACUGAUAUCCUGAAACUUAUUAUUCAGCGAUUGGUUGGUUUUUAGACAAAUUUGUCGGCAACUGCUAACAUUUAGCGAUUCAUAGUCAUGAGGUUAAAAAAAGUGUUUGAAUGGCAUUGAAUUUCCGUCUCUAUGUUUAUCACUUAGCUAUAUUUCGGGAUUAAAUUGCAUUAUAUGGGAUUGCUACAUUAUUCAUGCUCAAUAUUUCGGGUGUUAACAAUUUUUAUGAUUGAUGUUAAAGACAGUAAAUGAAAGAGAUGAACUUAGCGUAAAAUGAAUGCAAAUCUAAACACGUUUACAUAUUUCAUUAAAUCAUAUUACGCUAUUACGAGCAUUUAAGAGAAAAUUUGGAAAACUGUACGUGGAAUAUUUUGAGGCUUAAAUUAAUAAGAUAGAUAAAUAAAAAAAAUUCAAGUGCGAGAACGUUUUGAUUCUAUCGUAGUUCUAUAUAUUUUGUAGGGCUGAAAUAUUUAUCUAAAUGCUAGAACAAUAUCAUCUGAAAAAAUUUGUCAUAUAAUUUGAUAUUUACAGAGGAGUCUGAUAUUUCGCUGCAAAUUUUGUACGAAUAAAAUUUCCAUCAGUGAGUGUGUAUUGUUUAAUGAGGGAACAAGGUUUAAAUAAAUAUA